UAAUCAAUUAAAUUCUGCCGACUGUAGGUAGUAGUAGUGAGAAAAGCCCACUGCUGAAGGGGUUUAAAUCGUUCUUUGUUGAAGACUAGAAGUAAUUCAAGCUUUCUAUCAUGGCGAACUUAUUGUGCUUUCAGAACCAUACAAUCCCGUCGUUCUCUUCUCCGCUCAACACCGCCCAUGAUUCUCCCAGUUUUAAUCUUUCCGGCAUCAAAUUUCCCUCCAUAGCUGACAACGGACGCCGCCAAUGCUUAAAUGCCAUCUCUUACAAAUCUAGGAGUGGGAUUGAAAUCGAUAAUAAGGAUAGAAAGCUUCUUGAAGAGUACGGUUUCGACCCAGAUGAAAUCUUAUCAGAACCAACUCCAAAGUCCAAGGGGAGAAAAGGGUCGUCAAAAACCGGAGGAAAGGGAAGACAGGCCAUUGUUGAGGAACCCAGGCCUCCACGGGAGACCCAUAAAUUACUUCAGGUGCUUGCAGGAAAAGCUCGUAGGAAGAAGCUACUAUCACCAAAGGGCAUGGAUGUCCGACCGAUGAUGGAGGUGGUGAAGGCUGCGGCAUUUUCCAUUUUGCAGGCUGCUGGAGGCACUCCAGCAUCUUUACAACCUGGACGAUGGCUAGACCUCUAUAGCGGUACAGGAUCCGUUGGCAUUGAAGCUAUCAGUCGAGGGUGCUCAGAGGCACAUUUUGUUGAGAUGGAUCCCUGGGUUGUCUCAGAUAUCUUACAGCCAAACUUAGAGUGUACUGGUUUUCUAGACGUUUCCACCAUACAUACUGUCCGAGUUGAGGAUUUCUUGAAAAGGGCAGAUCAGUUUUUAGGUAUAAAGGGUCCGUUUGAUUAUAUAAGUGUGACACCACCAUACAUGCUAGUAGAUUACGGUGUUCUGAUGGACCAAAUUUCUAGUUCAUCUGUCAUUGGAGAGAACAGUUUCAUAGUGGUGGAAUACCCUUUGAAAACCGACAUGCUUGAUUCGUGUGGCUGCCUUGUAAAGAUAGCUGAUAGGCGGUUUGGUCGGACACAUCUAGCUAUAUACGGACCACAUUGGGCUCAAAAGAAAAAAUAGUUUGACAGCUGAAGUAUGGGUGUGUUGCAAAGUGAAAGUGGUCAGUGCACAGAGGAUAACAUUUCUGCUGAAGACCACUUUAUCUCCUGAUGUGGAUUUGGAACCAAAUUGGAAGAUGAUUUUGGUCCAUUCUGGCAGAUUGAUAUCCUGACUAUUGGAUGACUGGAAGUAACUCAAAUCUGUCUUCGCCCUCCACAAUUGAGUGGGUGCAAGGUAUAUUAUCAGUUUGUUGUGUAUAGGAAACUUUUCACUAGAGGGAUUGCUGUAACUCUAUGUAUUUUCUUUUGUAGUAGUAGCUUGGACAACCAUGUACCAUCAUACAUUGUACAACUUCUAGUAGUUUUCUACUGAAGUCUGGAACUAGGAUGAAUAAUUGGCAGUUUUCUGCUAAUUUAACACAUCUUCAGUUAGAGUCUUUUAUGUUUGUGACCAUGUUAUGUAUCUUACAGGACCGAGUGUAAUAGAUGAAAUCCUUGUCUUGUGUAUGUUGUUUGCAAACUGAAGAUUAGAAAUUAAGACUAAGAAAUAAUGGAGGCUCAAGGCUUUGAUUGAUUUUAUGCUGAUUCUUUGUUGAGAGUUGAGGGACAAAUCUAUUUGAAAUGCACACAUGAUUUGGUAUGCGCCACUUCAGCCUACCCAUAAAAGCUUUGCAUUUGAACAGUGGUUUUGUCCCAGAAUGGACAUUGGAUUUGGACCACCCUGUUGGAUACCUUGAGUUACAGUGGAGAAACUAUCCUCUUUAUCCUGUCCUUGGAAUAUACAAGUAAAGUUGACGUCUCUGUGAAGAAACCUUGAAAGCGCAAGCAGGGAUCUAAAUCUCAGAUAUUCAAUAUGUUUAUGAGCAACUUAACAACUAUUUUACUGUAUUUGUUUAAAUAUUGCAUUUGUUACUUAACAACUUCAAUUAGUGCAAAGCGUGAAAUUGAGCCUUUCAG